AUGUGUGAAGAUAAACUGGGGGCUUCGGAGAGGCUGAGAGCGCUGGGGCUGCUCACCGGGAGAAGAGAAGGCUCGGGGUGUCUCUCUAAGUAUCUAAAGCGAGAGUGCAAAGAGGAUGGAGCCAGGCUCUCCUCAGUGGUACCUAGAGAGGUUGUGAUGUCGUGUGUGGACGUCUCGGCUUCUGGAGAUAUUCAAAACCUGUCUGCACAUGACGGUGAUGGCCCUUUUCAAGCAACUCAGCUGUGGAAUAGCAUUAUACAUGCCCUUCACAAUCAAGUGGAAAUCAAAAGACGUAGACAACACCUGAAAACAUACAGAAACUGUUUCACUGGCUCCAAUGCUGUUGAUGUGGUACUGAGCCAUCUUAUGCAAAGCAUGUACCUGAGCUGCAAUGAUAUUUCUCGGCUGAAGGGGGUCCGUGUAUGCCAAGCGUUGAUGGAUCACAAAGUGUUCGAGCCAGUUGGAGCCAAGCUUUACUUAUUCAAGAAUGGGAAAGAAACAGAGUUUGAAGACACGGACACUAGUCUCUAUAGAUUUGUAAAUAGCAGUCUUGAUCCUCUUCUUCCAAGAAAGAAUAAGGACAAUAAAAGCUUAUCUCCUGGGCAAAUCUGCAAACAGAAAACAAAAAGAUGUUCCAACAGAACAAAGUGUGACACAACACUUUCAAACCCCUUAGCAGUGGAAGAAGCUGAUAAAAAGAGGGUUGAGGAGCUUCUUCGGUCAAUACAUGUUCAUGCAUCUUUACCUCCAAAGAUCAUGGUUAAUGAGCCAACUCGCCUGCUCUCAAAAGGAGUAAUAGAAGAUGUCUGGAAAGAGCAAACUCUGCUACGACUGCUGCAGUUAAUUGAUGUUCCCCUUCUAGAAGAUAUCUUGGUGUCUUCAGUGAAGACAAAAUCAGACAGUCUUGGCAAAGAAGAAGACAUGAUCCCCCUAAUAGAAGAUGUCUGGAAAGAGCAAACUCUGCUACGACUGCUGCAGUUAAUUGAUGUUCCCCUUCUAGAAGAUAUCUUGGUGUCUUCAGUGAAGACAAAAUCAGACAGUCUUGGCAAAGAAGAAGACAUGAUUAUCUCAAAUACUUUCCUGGACAGAGAGGUUAUGUGUAGCUUAAACUUGCCCGAGCUUGACAGAUGGCUCUAUGCUGCAAUUGAAGUAUUGGAGUAUUUUCCUGACCAAUUCCUAGUGAUGGUUAGUCAGCAGCUCCCUCAAAGCACUAACAGCCCCAGCAGUCUGAAUACAUACAAGAAGAUUCUUUUUGAUGUUAUAAUGAAGUAUUACAGUCAAAAGAAGGACUCUCUUCUUGCCAUUCAGGAUUUUGAUAUUCAUUCAGGAAUUAUAGAACUUAUAGAAAAAGGAAAAACAGACCAUGCUCUAGAGGCAUUACAACUUUAUUUAAAGUUAUUAGCACCAAAUAUUAGUGAAGAACUUCACAGGCUCCUUACAUUCCUAGCCAUUGCAUCAGAAUCUGAGGGCUACAGAUUGCAAAAACAGUUUGAGAACAGAUUUGUGAUCAUCAAGACUUGUACAAAGUUCAUCUUACAAAAUAGGACACUGUCAAAAUCACAGGCAGAACUGCUGACUCAGUUUCUGAUGGACAAUCACUCCGAUCUCUUCAAGGCUCCUUUAACUCUUCUGGAACUAACGAGUAGGAGACUUCAGAGUUUGCUAGAAGGGCAAGAUCCAGAUAUCAAUUCAGGCUUCACCUUCUGUCAGCGCAUUACAACUAAAGAGUAUGAAGAUCAAAAGCAACAAACCAAUCAGUAUCUUCUAGCACUGAUUCGAAAGAUGGACAAUGACCCUACUGUUCCUUUGAAGCAAAAGAAGAAAUUAAUCAAAGAAUUCCAAAAAUACCAUUCUUUUGUCUACUGUAGUGGUUGUCAAACUACAUGUGAACUUUGUACUCCAAAUGGUUAGACUUCAAUAGCCUUUUAUUAAUCUUUUUUUUAAAAGACUGGAGGAGACACAUGAAAAUUAGUCAUAAAAAAUGGUUUUUUUCUUAUGUCUUUACAUCUUCAGUUCCAGGAAGCUACAGUUACCAAAAUUACUAUAAUGCUAAAAAGCAUUAAAUCUAAUUUAUCUUUUAAGCAAAAUAUACUUAAUUACUUGUAAGUAAUAACAACACACUGCUUGGGCUGCCUUGAGUUCAGGGUUUGUUGCUUUUUUUCCAUCUAUCCCACAAUCCCAUGGCUUUCUGUGUGAGCCACAUCUAUGUUCUGAGCCAUGUUUGGGUUGAUAAUCAGUAGGGGUUUUUAAUGUUUUCUAUCUUUAAUUAAUAGUAACUUAUUCUCAUCUUAAACUGUAAGUUAUUGAGUCCUGUGGGUAUUGAAAAAGUGUGCAAAGUGUGUAAAAAUGUUGGAAGCAGGUCAGUGGAUUUUGAAUCUGCAGCAGGAAUGAUUUAUUAGGCAGGGGAGCUGUGUGUGCUUGCAGUUGGUAAUUACAACCUGUUACUGCCUCCACACUCUGGCAGAUUGAGCUGCUGCUAAUUCAAGUAAAAAGUUACAUUUUGAAGAAACCUGAGAAAUAAUUAUCUUGUAUUAGAUCUUAGUAUA